AUGGGCGGCGGGCAGGGCAAGGCGGCGAACGGGUCCGAGUACCUCGACGCCUGCGACCACACGCCGAUCUUCCGCUGCUUCGACGGGUUGGACAGCGCGGAGCAGAGCCAGCAGUUCAAGGAGCAGGUCGCGUCCUUCUUCCACCGCCAGUCCAUCCCCGCGGGCGCUUCCGUCUUCGACCACAAGGUCGGGCGGCGCGACCUGGUGAUCGUGGAGAAGGGCGGCCUCACCAUGGUGAGCUGCCACGGCGAGGACAAGACGCACAAGAAGGACCGGCCGGUGAUCAAGCACGUCGAGCAGGGCGAGAUGAUGGGCAUGAUGGAGCUCGUGCGCAACGUGGAGCAGGAGCGCGACAAGUCCACGGGCGAGUACCCCGUCGACGUCGUCGCCGACGCGAAGACGCACGUCCUCGUGCUGUCGCAGGACGUCUACCUGAGCCAGCUCGUCGCGAACCGCGACCACGAGGCGUGCCGCCUCUUCUGCGACAACCUCAUGGGGCUCACGCGCGCGGCCAUCGUGAACUGGCUCAAGAAGGUCGUGGUCCUGCGCGACGUCGCGGAGAAGGCGCUCGAGGAAUUGGCGGACGUCGCGCACUUCCAGUCCAUGCCCGCGGACACGGUGCUCAUCGAGCAGCACGCCAAGGUGCCGCGGCUGUACGUCGUGCUGUCCGGCGUGCUCAAGGUGACCUGCGAGGCGUCGUCCAAGUCGCCGCGCGAGCGCGCGGGCGAAACGGAGGCCGUCGAGGUCGGGCAGCUCCUCGCGGGCGACUUCUUCGGCGAGUCGAGCCUGCUGAACGCGGCGGACAAGGACCAGGGUUUAGCGCCCAUCUCGUCGACGGCGUCCGUGACGACGGCGAGCGAGUGCCUCUUCAUCUACUUCGAGUCGGACGCGAUGAAGGAGUCGCUCCUCAAGCUCCCGGACGUCAAGGAGAAGAUCCAGGGCUACAUCAAGGACCGGCUGUCCGCGCAGCUCGUGGCCAUGAAUUUGGGGCUGUUCAACUCCAUGCGCCCGGCGUCCAUCGCCUUGUUCACCGCGGAUCUAUCCAUCGUGAAUCUGUCGGACGGCGACGUCGUCUUCGAGAAGGACAGCGAGGGCGACGACUUCUACAUCAUCAUCGAGGGCGCGGUGAAGAUCGAGGACGGCGAAAAUUUACACGUGGCCCUGAGCCGCAAGGGCGACUACUUCGGCGAGGUGGCCCUCGUGCGGUCGGAGCCGCGCGCGGCGACGGUGACGGCCACCGCGCCGACGUCGCUCGCGCGCGUCUGCGGCUCCAACUUCCAGAGCCUCUGCCUCCAGUCGCCGUCCGUGGCCGCCGAGUUCGAGAUCAAGGCCCUGGGGACGAAAGCGUCCGUGGGCGCGCUGCUCCUCCACCCGUCGACGGCGCCGCUGCUCAAGAAGACGCUCGACGACGAGUUCUCGAGCGAGAACUACCACUGCUGGGGCAUGGUCGAGGAAUACCGGGGCAAGAUCGACACGGGCGCGCCCGCCGCGGAGACCUACGCGCUGGCGAAGCAGAUCCGGGACCGCUUCAUCACGACGGACACGGAGGAGCUCAUCAACAUCUCCGCCAAGGCCGACAAGCACGUCAAGAAGUACUUCGCGGACGUCGACGAGGGCGACCCGAAGCCGCCCCGGGACCUCUACGACCCGGUCCUCAAGUGCAUCUCCAACAACCUCCGCGGCAACCUCCAGCGCUUCUGCGUCACGAAGGAGUACAAGGCCGUCCUCGCGUCCUUCGACACCUACACGCCGAGGGGGCGCAAAAAGAAGUUGCCCGGCUCGGUGCUCGGCGGCGACCUGUCGCCGGCGACGCUGCGGAAGCUCGCGGACCUCGUCGAGAAGGCCGAGACCAUGGCCGCGGAGUCCAAACUCCUCAAGGUGGGGAACAGCGUCCGCGCGCCGCGCGGCGACGCGUGCGUGAAAGCGAUGGUCUCGGACCUCGACGCGGCCGCGGGCACCGUCGAGGUCGUCUACGAAGACGCGACCGAGGCGACGGUGCCGUCGGGCGCCUGCAGCGCCCUCCUCGACUUCGAGGUGGCGCCGCCGGCCCCGGCGAAGGACUCCGUGGAGGCCGCGGGCGAGUGUAAAGCGCGCGGCUCGCGGCUCUUCCAGGCCAAGGACUACGUCGCGGCGUCGGGCCACUACAAGGCGGCCCUGGGCGUGCUCAAGCGGCUCUACCCGCUGGGCGUCGGCGCCCUCGUGGAGGUCAACUCCAACGGCGCGCUCCGCGUGGGCACGGUCAGCGGCGUCGACGACGACGAAAAGACGGUGGACGUCAUGUACGACGACGGCGGCGAGGACGACGACGAGAUCUCGCGGAAGCGCAUCCUGGCGGUCGUCGCGCCGAAGCCCGAGGGCCGGGCCAUCCAGCUGACGACGUACCUGAACCUCGCGCGGUGCGCGACGCGCGCGGACCGCGCGAAGGACGCGGUGUCGUGCUGCACGCUCGCGGGCGGCAUCGCGGCCUUCGACGAGCUCCUGGAGCACCACCUCGUCACGACGAAGAUCCUCCGGGCGCGCGCCCACCUCCAGCAGAAGCACCUGAAGCAGGCCCUCCGCGACGCCAAGGCCGCGGCGGAUCUCGCGCCCGCGGACAAGAACGUCGUCGCUCUAAACCGCGACGUCGAGGCGGCGAAGAAGCGCGCGCUGCGCGAGAACAAGAAGCUCGCCAAGGAGGUCACGGCCUGGGUCGAGUCCGCGCAGGGCAAGUUCUCCGAGAACGGCGGCAACGAGGCCGACUGCGCCCAGCACUUCACGCCGUUGAGGAAGACGAGCGUCGACGUUUCGCUUUCCGCGAGCGCGCCGAGCCGCGCGGCGAAGCCUCGCCGCGCGGCCGCGACGCGGUCCGCGGCCUGGUAG